AUGCGGACGGGCAUCAAAAAGCACCCAGACUGGUAUCUCCCUCUGACGAGUAAUUCCAGCUUCGAGGACUUCCAGCAGCACCUGCACGCCGUGGACAGGCUCUCUGACGUAUGUCCCAAGCCAUGCGCAGCGGCGCAGUCAGAGGAGCGACCAGCAGAGCGGUUGCCAGGGCCAGAGGAAUGCCGCACUAGUGUCGAGGGCGACGAGUGCUACGAAAAGGUUAAGUGGGCGAUGCGGACUGGCAUCAAAAAGCACCCAGAAUGGUAUCUCCCUCUGACGAGUACUUCCAGCUUCGAGGACUUCCAGCAACACCUGCACGGCGUGGACAAGUUCUCCGAUGUUUGCCCCAAGCCUUGCUCUUGGCGGUCAGCAGACCAGCUCCGGAUAAGUUCUGGAUCCCCGAUGCCUACAGCUCAAUAUAUCGGAACUCCGAUGCCUACAGCGCAGCAUGUUGGAACUCCAAUGCCAACAGAAAUCCAUGAGGAUGACCUACUCAUAUCGGCCUACCCUGGAUACGAGCAAACCGGUCGCAAUUGCCAGUGUGGAGAACCAAUAUUACAGCUGUCAGAAGAGUUCGAGUCUCUCGAGUUGUGUGCCUCGGAGUGUUCAUUGCUCCCCAACUGCAAGGCCUUCGGUCUUCACCCUUGGCAGUCGAUCUGGCGAGGCCAGUGCGAUCUCUACGAUGCACCGUGUGGGGAAACGAACGGGCAUGACUCCAACACCACCUGUACCAACCCAACCCCGCUUGGAGCCAUCAGUGUCAAUUUUAACCGAGUGCCGACGCCCGCGCCCACGCCUGCACCCACACCUGCACCAGACCGUUGCGAUGUUACGGAUGGAUCGUUUCUGAGUUCUUUCUACCCGUGUCAGUGCGGGUCUGAUGUGACGUGUGUCACAAACCAGGUUUGCUCAAAGGACAGGUCAGGCUAUUCGUGCUCUCCUCCGGGCAUUCUCAAGGUAGAAUGGCCGUGUUUGACGACUUCGAUCGGCAGCCCCUACUUUGUGUUUGUUGGGAGCAGCGUAACAGGAGCGCCAGUCUACAGCAACACCGAUGGCAAUUACAUAUACUGGGACGUGUCGUGCGAUGGCAUCGAGCGACCUUUGCUAUAUCAGCAGCCGCGAUGGAUUCUCGACUCAGACUCACCAAAUAUGACAGCGACCAUGGACUUAGAUUCUGAUUCGCAGUGCACUGUGGCGGAUUUUGGGCAUCACGGUAGUUCUGAGUUCAGUGGUGUCCCUCUGGGGAGCACAAUUUGGGCGGUGGCAUGCGACGGUGAAGUUUCCAACAUGACGGUGAACAUCACUUACGAAACAUAUCUUCCCACCCCAUCACCGACGUUGGAACCCGGGGCACCUUGCACUUGUGACCAGGCAUGUAGCUUGUUUCCUUACCUUGACUUAGAUGGUGAUGGUUGCCUAGUUGAGGCAGAAGUGAACAAAGAUGAGAGUCUCAGCGGGCAUUUUGCCGAGAUCGACACGGACGGGGACGGCUGCGUCACCCAGACAGAGUGCGGGGAUUCGCCGUAUUCGAGUGGUAUGCUCAGGUUCCCAAUCCAGGGCCCAGCUGAAUGCAGCUACGGAUACUAUUUCAUGGACGGCACCAGCGUCUGCCAGCAAUGCACCGACGGUGCCACGCGGCGGCGUCGCUCAGAGGCCUGCAGCAACUGCCCCGGGGACAAAGAGGACGUGGGCGACUUCGACAACUGCAUCUCGGGGGUGUGGCUCACUGAACCCCUCGCGGUCGGGUCCCGCGUUGCCUUCGUCAACAAGGACAUAGACGAGAGCGGAGUAUUGUUGCAGAAGGGCGAUGGGAUCACCAUGUCGACGCGAAACCCUGGCCACUUCGAGAGAAUGAUCAUCGUCGACAAGGUUGGUUUCAAUGAUACCCAAAGGCUCUCGUCACACCAUGAGUCCCUGCUCCGUACGAGUGGGCCUUUUUUCGUGCUGGACCACGGGGUGCACGCGCCCUUCGUCAAGUUCGACGCGAUCGUCUCUGCCUGCACAGACGUCAGUGGAAUGUCGCUCAGCGGACAGUACCCAUGCGGAUGCGGCAUCGAAAUCUGCGAUUUCGGGUACAGGUGUGACGAGGAGUGCGGUGGGAACAACACGGUCCUCGAUUCCUACGCGGGCAGCGGCUACGGGAACGGCGGAUGUUGCCUCGGCCCCCCUGUCUCUCCUCUGCCCACCCCGGCCCCGACGGUGUCGGCCAGGGGUGACCCGCACUUGGUCAACCUUCAAGGCGAGCAUUUCGACGUUAACCACGGCGGCGAGUUCACAUUGCUCCGGAUCCCGCAGGCCGCCGACAGGACCGCCGAGGUGCAACUUCGGGCAACGAUCCGACCCGAGUACGGGAAGCCAUGCACCACGUACAUCACCGCGGUUGAGCUCUCGGGCACGUGGAUCGGUGAGGCGGUCGUGCAGGUGCGGUCCUACCUCAGGUCACACACCAAGAAUGGAAGCGACGAUUUCUUGGGGCUCCGGGUGCUGGAGCCAGGCGCGCCAGAAGAUGUUCCGUGGACGAGUCUCGCGGAUUGGACCGAUGGGAACAUCCGUCUCUCCGAGCAGCAGGCAGAGGAAGGCGUCAGGGUGACAAUGUCCAAGUCACAGUGGCGCACCAAAAAGAGCGUGAAGGAAGGAUUGCCGACCGUAGCCGGACAGAUUCAGAUCACAAUGCAAAGCAAGGUGAGUGAAGAUUCCGCGACGAUUGUCGUCCGCCAAGACCUCCCCAUGCAGGAGCACCUGAAUUUGGCUGUACGGCGUUUGAGCGCACUCGGUCGUGCAGACAUUGGCGGACUUCUUGGGUUCGAUGCGCAUGCCGAGUCGCUAGAGGAUGUCACGCCAGAGUGCCAGCGUCACAGGGAUGGAUUGGACACGAACGAAGGUCCGCACUCAACACCACGCUGGAAGAUUCGUUGGCAGAAGAUCAAGGAGCAGCGCGCGAGCAGUCCCGUACCAGGUGGGUCGAUGAACGACAACGAAGCGGCUGCCAACCUGAUAGGAGGCCAUGAUAUGCGAAUGCAAGAGAAGGACAUGAUGUGCGUCUGCCCCAAUGGAGGCUCCAUGCAUCCCACAGGGGACGAUGACGCCGCGAAUCUGAUAGGUGGCAGACGCCAAGGCGUCCUUGCAAAGUUCCAGACUGGUAGGUUUGCGGAGGCAACGUGGGACUGA